AUGGCAACCCAAGUAACCCCUGAAGCACUGACAGCGCCAACACAAUCGUUUGACAAUGCUCCACCAUUCCCAGAGGAUGUGCCGAUGGCCCCUCUCCUACGCCUGUCUCUGGCCAAACUGCUCGAAAGGGAUCCUGACGAGGUGAAUCGUUUCGUGCGAGCUUGCGAGGACCUCGGAUUCUUCUAUCUAGACUUGAGUGGCCCAGGGGACUCUCUGCUUGCCGAUGCAGACCAACUAUUUAAAGUCGGCGAGGAGUUGUUUGAGCUCCCAUUGGACGAGAAACGGCAGUACGAUUUCCAGAAAAAGAAGUCGUAUUUUGGCUACAAAGGCUAUGGAGCCAACGUCGUUGACCGGAAUGGUAAUCUCGACCGCAACGAGUUCUACAAUGUGUCCAAAGAUGACAUAUUUGGCAUCAUGGAUCCCUUGCCCGCUCCAGAAGUCCUCAGCACACGACGCCCCCUUCUGAAAUCGUUCAUGUCGUCAGCUCAUGGAAUUGUCACACUGGUCCUAGAAUUGCUCAACGACCACCUUAAACUACCAUCGAAUACCUUACAAGGCAUGCAUCGCCUUGAAGGCCAUUCGGGAGAUCAGGUCCGUUUCAUCAAAGCUCCACCACAGCCUAUGGACGACCGGCGGACAGCGUUGGGUGAGCAUACCGAUUUUGGAAGUGUGACGGUCCUCUUCAAUCGUCUGGGAGGUCUGCAGGUCCUUCCGCCCGGACGCGACGCACAAUGGUGCUAUGUAAAGCCCCUCCCAAAUCAUGCCAUCAUCAACCUGGGCGAUGCGAUGGUGAAAUUUACAAACGGUCUUCUCAGGUCUAACAUACAUCGUGUGGUUUCUCCACCCGGAAAGCAGGCAGACCACACCAGAUACUCGCUGGUGUACUUCAAUCGACCGGAAAAUGACGUGAUGCUGAAGCGGCUGGAGGGAAGCGAAAUGAUUCCUCCACUGGAGAAGGACGCAGUCGAGGAAGAUAUUACCAGUCAAGAUUGGAUUUUGAGACGAGCGCUAGGUCAUCGGAUUGAACUGUUCGGCAAGGAUGCGUCGGACUUUGACAAGAUCCAAGGGACAGAGAAGAUCAGUCAGCGUGCUUACCUGUAA